UCACUGUUACACAAUAGAUGGGAUAAUUGUUGUUUUCGCCGAACGGCAUUAAUAAUCGCCACUUCGCAACGGAUGCCGUUGGGAACUAAAGAUUCGCAGAAUGGUAUCACUGCCAUGUGUGAGGCUCGAAAAUCGAAAAACAUCACGGUGCAGGUGAUGAGCACUUGAUCUUGACGCAAGCGCAGAAGCAAAGUUCUUCUGAGUUAGGCAAAGAAGGAGCACGUUAUUCAGAAAUUCCCUUUCGUCGCUUCAAGUGGACGCUUUGCUUCGCAACAGCUUUCAAUCGAUCGAAGCUCCUUACUUGUCUUUCUUUCCGACUGUUAGUCAGCGACCAUGACGCCCGCCUUGAGAGAAUCCAGAGAUGAUGUUUGUCAUGGCGGCAGUAUGCCCAACGUGAUCCAUCUGACUUCCUCGAGCUCGGCUGAGAAACCCACAAUCGUCGAAAGCUCAACGGGAUAUGAAGUAAUCAACAGUGGCAGAGAGAGUCUAGAAUCCUCUCUAAUUGUCGGACGCGGGGACCCAAUUUCCCUCCAUGUCAAUUCAAUGCGCUACAAAGGGGGUUGUCGAAGUGGCAGCGAACAAUCUCAAAUCAACAAGCAACACAAGGAUAAGAAUGAUGUCAUCAAGGCGUUUUCCCUGGUGAGGUCUUCAAGCAAUCUGAGCGAUAUUACGUUUCAAGAUGAAAACGAACACGACCAACAAAGUCAAGAGGUGAUACACUUUGAACCGGAAAGGUUGGCUCUUUAACUCAGUUUGGAUCGAGGCACAGCUUAAUCCAGGUUACAAUUUACGCUAUGCGUUUAGAGUCCAGGGGUAUAAGAGAUGGAUAUAAUACGACACAGUGGCAUCACCAGAUGGCAAGAUGUUUUCCAUGUAUUCGAAACAAGAGCUAUAAUUGGAUUUUAGCUCGUACAUACAUGCACAUUCCAGUGGAUUGGUCAAGAAAACACCAUUCACAGCUACAUAGAAAGAGGAGGGCUUGUUUGCUUUUGAUUAAUAUUAACUAGAUCUUCCAAUUGCACUGGC